CGAGAGCGGGCGGGGAGACCCCGUGCGAGGGGGGCCGCCAUCUUGGGUGCGGGGGGUGAUGGGGCCGCAGCGGAGCCGCGCCUGAGGGAGCCCCGCGCGCAGGCGGACACCGGCCCGGCCGCUGCCCCAGCCCUGAGCCUCAGCGCUCACCCGGCACCGCGCUCUGCCGCACACACAGCCACGCUGCACGGCCGCCCGCGCCCCGAGACCAGUGCCACAAUGGCAACUGCACCUUACAACUAUUCCUACAUCUUUAAGUACAUCAUUAUUGGGGACAUGGGUGUAGGAAAGUCCUGUUUGCUUCAUCAGUUUACAGAAAAGAAGUUUAUGGCGGACUGUCCCCACACAAUUGGUGUUGAAUUUGGCACAAGAAUAAUUGAAGUUAGUGGCCAAAAAAUUAAACUACAGAUUUGGGAUACAGCGGGACAAGAGAGGUUCAGGGCUGUCACACGAAGCUACUACAGAGGAGCAGCGGGAGCGCUCAUGGUCUACGACAUUACCAGAAGAAGUACGUAUAAUCACUUAAGCAGCUGGCUGACAGAUGCAAGGAACCUCACCAAUCCAAAUACUGUGAUAAUCCUCAUAGGAAACAAAGCAGACCUGGAAGCACAGAGGGAUGUUACAUAUGAAGAAGCCAAACAAUUUGCUGAAGAAAAUGGUCUAUUGUUCCUUGAAGCAAGUGCAAAAACUGGAGAGAACGUUGAGGAUGCCUUCCUGGAGGCUGCCAAGAAAAUCUACCAGAAUAUCCAAGAUGGAAGCCUGGAUCUGAACGCUGCAGAGUCGGGCGUACAGCACAAACCGUCGGCGCCGCAGGGGGGGCGGCUAACCAGCGAACCCCAGCCCCAGAGAGAAGGCUGUGGCUGCUAGUGACCUCUUUCCUGGCUCCAUUCCUGACCCUCCACCUCUGUCUGCUGGAAGCGGUGCUUUCGACCGCUUCCCUGUCUUCUGUACAUCUUACUGGGUUUAAUUAAAACUCUGAGACAAGUUUAACACAGUACUAAACUGCUAAACAACCUUAGAUGUAAUCAGGUUAUCAAAGGCAAGUAGAGUAAUAAAACCUCUCCUGCAUGGUAAAUCUAGAAGUUUUUUUCCUUGAUUGUCCUUGUGAUAGUGUCACCGAUCCAUAAUUCAAACGGAGCACUGAUGCUGGACUCAUGAUUUCACACUUUCGCAGGGCUUUGUCUCGUACGGUUUAAUUUGAUGGUUCUUGGCCUUUCUCCCCCACCUCCAACUGUUUGAGCUGUCCGUAGUACAGGGUGAGUUUUGCUGUGAAAUGACUCUGAUGGUAGCAAGGGGCUCUGUAUCCAUGUGCUUUUGUUGAAGGAAUUCCCUGUGGCGUGUCCCAGGGGCUGGGUGGGCUCACACAGGGAAACAAUCUGUUCUUUCUUGUGCUCAUAGCUUUAUGUCAUUUUUUUGCCACUUUUAUCCUUUACAUUUGUUAACAGAACGUAAAUAUGUAUAAAAUCGGAAAGAACUGAGCUAACAGUUACAUACAUCCUGUGUAAAUGAUUUUAAUGCAGAAAAUGAUGACUGGCACUAGGACAGUAUCUGAGUCUAUAUUGGUUUGUACAGUGCGAGCUCUGACCGCGCUGCCCUGCUGGGACAGAGCGAUGUCACGCAGAGCACUAACCUGGCUUCACUCGGCGCUGUCGGUAGUGGCUGCUGGGCUCUAAUCCUGAUGCAAAAAUUAACACUAGUGGAACCCGUCUCUCGUCCCCGCGCUGUGGUGUAUUCCUGCCAUGUUACUAAUCCCGCUCGGUGCAGUCGGCAGUGCGCUAACCUGCUUUUCUCUUUGGUAAGCGUUUGGUGUUAUUGGCUUCCUCGCAUCCUGUACAAAGGCCAGUUCUCUCGCACACCUCACGCUUUUCUACCUUUGACAGGCAGAGGCUGAGCUGGGCAUUCGGACAGUGCAUGCGCUCUCCAGGGGUUUUAACUGCUCUUGUAUUUGGUCACAGUCCUGUGUGAGGGUUUCUUCACGAAGCUUUUUUGAGUUUUCCCUUCACAGGUGACAGAGUUGGUAACGCUUGUGUGAGGGGGAGGCUGUGGGUGGGGAUGUCACUGAGCACCUGGUGGGGUUUGCUGGACUGUGGCAUUCAGUGCACAGUUCUUUGUCUCACAGGAAGCUUCACCUAGUCAAAUCCACAUGGUUUAACAUCACAUGAGUCAAAAAUGUCUUGCUGCAGCAUUUAAAGUACAAAGCAGUGUUAAAAUCCCUCUCUAGACACUAACACUACGCCAUGUUCAGACGUGUAACCAGUUGUACCAGCGUAUUGUAUAGUCAAUGUUAACUAAAAGCCCAAACUGGAAUGUGCAGACAAUAGGAUCUGGGUAACUUGUGCACUGUCCCUUUGUUCUGUCUGGUCAGUCCUUUAACUGCUGUCCUUCAGUAGAUGGGUCUGAUCAGGAGCUCCAGCCAAUGCAUCUGCUUAGCCCGGGGUUGCACCGUGGAGGGUUUGCCCAGGGACCAUGACCGCUGCUGACUGAAGCAAGCGUUCCCAUGCCUACAGGGGUUGAGGUGCAAUGCCGGAGCACAUUACAGUGGCUCUUCCCGUUCUGUCAGCAAGAGGCUCUGUUUGGACUGCUGUACUCCUCAUUUGGUGUAACGAUGCUAUUAAUCUAAAUAUUUGUAAAUAAAGUUCCUGUA